AUGAAGUUCGCAUUCGCCGUCGUCAUCGCCACCCUCGCAGCUUUCGCCGUUGCCGCCCCCUUGAACAUCAAUCUGGGUGCCUAUUCGCCCGCACUGGUGGUCGGUGAUGGUGCUAUCGGAUUCGAGGGAGCCGAGGCAGAGGGUGAGGCAGCCACGGAAGCGGCCGCUGUGCAGGCUAAUGCCAUUCAGGGUAACGGAAUUGCCUCUGAAUAG